AUGCGGCGCCUCCUGCUCCUCCCGCUCCUGGUGCUCGCCGGGGCGGCGACCGGGGGCGUCGUCGUCGUCCCCGUCUCCGCGAGGGCGCCGUUCGCGUGCGCGCGUGGCGGGCCGGCGACGGCGCUGCCGUUCUGCCGGCAGUCGCUGCCGCUGCGCGCGCGGGCGCGCGACCUGGUGGCGCGGCUGACGCGCGCCGAGAAGGUGCGGCUGCUGGUGAACAACGCCGCUGGGGUGCCGCGGCUGGGCAUCGCCGGGUACGAGUGGUGGUCGGAGGCGCUCCACGGCGUCUCCGACACCGGCCCGGGGGUCAAGUUCGGCGGCGCGUUCCCCGGCGCCACCGCGUUCCCGCAGGUCAUCGGCACCGCCGCGUCGUUCAACGCCACGCUCUGGGAGCUCAUCGGGCAGGCGGUGUCGGACGAAGGGCGCGCGAUGUACAACGGCGGGCAGGCGGGGCUGACGUUCUGGAGCCCCAACGUGAACAUCUUCCGCGACCCGCGGUGGGGCCGCGGCCAGGAGACCCCCGGCGAGGACCCCGCCGUCGCCGCCCGCUACGCCGCCGCCUACGUCCGCGGCCUCCAGCAGCCGUACGGCCACGCCUCCCGUCUCAAGCUCGCCGCCUGCUGCAAGCACUUCACCGCCUACGACCUCGACAACUGGUCCGGCACCGACCGCUUCCACUUCAACGCCGUCGUCAGCCGCCAGGACCUCGAGGACACCUUCAACGUGCCGUUCAGGGCAUGCGUCGUCGACGGCCGCGCCGCCAGCGUCAUGUGCUCGUACAACCAGGUCAACGGCGUGCCCACCUGCGCCGACGGGGACUUCCUGCGCGGCACCAUCCGGGGCAAGUGGGGGCUCGCCGGCUACAUCGUCUCCGACUGCGACUCGGUGGACGUGUUCUACAGCGACCAGCACUACACGCGGACGCGGGAGGACGCCGUCGCGGCCACGCUCCGGGCGGGGCUCGACCUCGACUGCGGGCCCUUCCUGGCGCAGUACACCGAGGGCGCAGUCGCGCAGCGGAAGGUCGGCGACGCCGACAUCGACGCCGCGGUCACCAACACCGUCACGGUGCAGAUGCGGCUCGGGAUGUACGACGGCGACCCGGCGGCGCAGCCGUUCGGGCACCUGGGACCGCAGCACGUCUGCACCCCGGCGCACCAGGAGCUCGCGCUGGAGGCGGCGCGGCAGAGCGUCGUCCUCCUUAAGAACGACAGGGUGCUCCCGCUCGCGCCGGCGACGCACCGCUCCGUCGCCGUCGUCGGCCCGCACUCCGAGGCCACCGUCGCCAUGAUCGGGAACUACGCCGGCAAGCCGUGCAAGUACACCACGCCGCUGCAGGGCAUCGGCCGGUACGCGGCGCAGACCGUGCACCAGGCGGGCUGCACCGACGUGGCGUGCACGGGCAACACCCAGCCGAUCGCGGCGGCCGUCGACGCGGCUCGCCGCGCCGACGCGACCAUCAUCGUCGCCGGCCUCGACCAGAAGAUCGAGGCCGAAGGACUCGACCGCGCGAGCCUUCUCCUUCCAGGCCGGCAAGCUGAGCUGAUCUCGUCGGUGGCCAAGGCCUCGAAGGGGCCGGUGAUCCUGGUGCUCAUGUCCGGUGGACCGAUCGACAUUGGGUUCGCGCAGAACGACCGGAAGAUCGCCGGAAUCCUGUGGGCCGGGUACCCCGGCCAGGCCGGCGGACAGGCCAUCGCCGACGUCAUCUUCGGCCACCACAACCCAGGUGGGAAGCUGCCGGUGACAUGGUACCCGCAAGAUUACCUGCAGAAGGUGCCGAUGACGAACAUGGCGAUGCGGGCGAAUCCGGCGAAGGGGUACCCCGGCCGGACCUACCGCUUCUACACCGGCCCGACGAUCCACCCCUUCGGCCACGGCCUCAGCUACACCUCCUUCACCCACUCGCUCGCCCACGCGCCGGCACAGCUCACCGUCCGCCUCUCCGGCCACCACGCCGUCGCCUCCACCUCCCUCAACUCCACGGUGGCGGCCACCCGCCUGGCAACCCGCUCCGGCGUCCGCAUCGCGCACGCCCGGUGCGAGGACCUCACCGUCCCGGUCCACGUCGACGUCAAGAACGUCGGCGGCCGCGACGGCGCGCACACGGUGCUCGUGUACUCCGCGCCGCCGGAGGCCGCCACGCGCGGCCACGGCGCGCCGGUGCGGCAGCUGGUGGCGUUCGAGAAGGUGCACGUCGCCGCCGGCGGCACGGCGCGGGUGGAGAUGGCCAUCGAUGUGUGCGACGGGCUCAGCGUCGCCGACCGGAGCGGGGUCCGAAGGAUCCCCGUCGGCGAGCACAGCCUCAUGAUCGGCGAGCUGACGCACUCGGUGACCAUCGGGCUCGAGCAACUAGGGGUAUAGAAGCCACUCUCGAUCAAAGCAUAGGAUUUAUUGGAAGCAUUCAGCAAGAAUGGGAAUUGUAUCUUUUGGGUGGUGUUGAUGAUUUGGGAUUUGGAAUGGUUUGAUUGAUUGAUGCCACACUGUCUCUGCAAAGGUAGAGAUAGGAAAUGUAGAGGCAUCGCAUUGGUAUUGAAAUUGAUCAUGUGUUCGUCCAAACUAUUGAAUUGAAGAAAUAUAAU